UAAGAGCACCGUCCAUCACCGGCGGCCAAUUUUGCUCUCCGCUAGCAUUAUCUCAAUCAGUUUGUGUUUGUAGCUUCUUGAAGCAAGUGAAUCGAAUUUUGCAGCCAUCUUCCGAACUUCACCAUGCAACCGAUAGGCCAACUGGUGGUGCUCCUGCUGGGCCUGGUGCUCCCACUGACCAGCGGUUUGUUUAUUAACCCGUACACCAAAUUCUGGCCCCGUGAUUCCGUUUCAUCGCCAUCGACGAAAGGAAAUGAUGGAGAUCCGUUGCUGCUAACACCGUACAUCGAACAGGGAAAAAUAGUAGAAGGUCAAGCGGCGGCACGAGUCAAUCAGACCAGCCGUUUAAAGGGGUUCAAAUCGUACUCGGGCUUUUUUACCGUCGACAAGCGCUACAACUCUAACCUAUACUUUUGGUACUUUCCGGCAAAAGUGAACCGUACUACGGCGCCACUCGUACUCUGGCUGCAGGGUGGCCCCGGAGCAUCGUCCAUGUUCGGACUGUUCGUGGAGAAUGGUCCGUUCCGGGUGACCCGUGAACUGGUGGUAGAAGCACGUGAACAUUCGUGGUACGAAAACCAUCAUCUGCUGUACAUUGACAAUCCGGUAGGGACGGGAUUCAGUUUCACCGACAGCGAUGCCGGCUAUGCGCGCGAUCAGGUGCAGAUAGGCGAGCAGCUGUAUUUGGCAGUGUCCCAGUUCCUGCAGCUCUUUCCCCAGCUGCAAACGCUUCCGUUCUACAUUACCGGCGAAUCGUACGCUGGCAAGUAUGUGCCUGCGCUUGGGUAUACGAUACACCAGAAGAACGCCAACGCGACUUCGCCGCUACGAAUCAAUCUGGCCGGUAUGGCGAUCGGCAACGGGUACAGUGAUCCGGUGAAUCAACUCAACUACGGUGCCUAUCUCUACCAGCUCGGGUUGAUCGAUAGCAACGCACUGGAACGGUUUGAGCGGGACGAAAGUACUACGGCAGACUGCAUUGCCAAGAAAGACUAUAGCUGCGCGUUCAAAGUAAUGGACGAUCUGCUCGAUGGUGAUGCAAACGGGGGAAACUCUUUCUUCAGCAACAUAACCGGGUUCGCGACGUACUUCAACUACUUAAGCACAGCUGAAGAUCCAAUGGAGGAAAUCAACAUGGUAGCUUUCUUAAUGCUAGACGAAACGAGACGCGCUCUGCACGUCGGCGAUCAACCGUUCACCAAUCCGAUUGUGGAUAAUCGAGUCGAACGAUAUCUGCAGGACGACGUGUUCAGGAGUAUCGCACCUUGGAUUGAGGAACUGCUGCAGAACUAUCGGAUCAUGUUCUACAACGGUCAGCUGGACAUUAUCUGUGCCUACCCGAUGAUGGUGAACUACCUGCAGAAGUUGCAGUUUAACGGUGCCAACUACUAUCGCACCGUACCGAGAGGCACGCUAGAGUUUGACGGUGAAAUUGCGGCCUACUUUAAGCUGGCGUUCGGGCUGGUCGAAGUCUUGGUGCGUGAUGCGGGCCACAUGGUACCGCGCGAUCAGCCCAAAUGGGCGCAUCGUUUAAUAACGGCGUUUACGCAUCCGGGCUCGGUGAAAGGGUUUGUUUAGGGGAUGGGUUAACAAGUACCCUGGUAGGUGUUGUUUUUUUUAGACACCAUAGAACACUUCUACAAAGAAAUGAAAACUUGGCUAAGAAAUUGUUUCUCACGCUACAGAACGUGUAGAACCUCCUCCACGGACAGAUUCAGUGCAUCGGAAACAAGUUGUAACCGAGAUCUUGUUCUUUGCACACAUUCUCAUCCUUAUCAACUUAAAUCAAAAAGAAUAGAAGCAUGCUUCUAGCGCUUACCUAACGUACGUUACAACAAAAGCAACAGCAAAGACCAUCUGAUCUGACACCUACACUGAAUUCUUCUUAGCUUUCGUAUGAUUGCUCUUUGUAAAAUAAAAUCAAUAGCAAAGGAGUAACAACUUGCACCUAUUUUUAAACGAAUGUUACAAUAAAUUCUUCUCAUGAUCCUCUGCCGAAA